AUGAGAGACGCCAAGAGAGUCCAUUUGCCUCUCAAUGUGGCUCCCGCCGCGAUGGGAGACCGGCCGCAGCCAAUACUCAAAGCAGGAGCGAGCACAGAUCCAACACCCGUCACACUGAAUAUGGCUCUAAACCAUCAGCCUGCCGGAGUAUCAAAGAUUCAAAAAAACGAAGGAAUGCUUAGUGGAUUUCUUAUGCAUCCAUCGGCUUUUAUUGAUGAGGAUGAAUCAGAGGCACCGCCUCCUCCGGUGCUGAACUGGCCAACUACUGACGGCAUACCAACAACUCGCUCUUUCAAAAGGCCUUCUCGUGCCACCAUUACAGAUUCAGAGGUUAAAAUUGAAGGGCAACCAGCGCUUGGGGGCUUGGCUGGUGCUAACUUUGGAGAAGUACCAAUGCUUCCCGCUAUGGAUGCUGAAGGACAACCCGCGCUCCCUAAAAUUCAAUCAACUGUAACGGAAACAGACGUGCGGCCAGCAAGCGCAGGGAAACCAGACGCAUUUCGCCAGUCGUCACGACCCACCAGCUCUAUUCAACAAAGAAUCGUCAAAAAGUUGCGACGUUCAGAUUACAUCAAGGCAUUAGAACCAAAAGUUAUGUUGCCAUUUGCGUCUCGGCCUGGGCAGACCCCACGAAAGAUUGAGAUUGAGAGAAAGAAAAGGCUGUUCUCACAACAAAACAUAGGCGACUUGAUUCACAAUGCUAUUGCUCCCAUCGGGCAAACCGCCAGCGUCACGCAUUUAGAAGAUGUCAAGGAUAAUGCAAAAGACCUAUCGAAUUCAAAGCUGUCACAGUCGCUUAGUAGUCCUGUAGCAUCUACGACUUUUGGGGACUUUUUGCCUUUGGAGAUCUUCGACGACACGGAAUUUGAGAGCAGAGAUCUCCAUGAAUGGCUUGAUAUGGAAACAUACGGUGUUCAAGAAGAGCCACUCGUAUCAAAGGUCGAAUCAACGAGAUCAAAGGCACAGAGGCAGAGGACCGCUUUCAAAACGGAAAACUCGAUCCACUACGCCACAAUUCCGGUGCCGGCCAAAGCGUUCCAAGGCGAGACUUGGCGAGAUUGUGUUAUGAUCGCAUAUAAUGAGAGGUCUGGGUUGUGGAAGGUGAAAUGGCGAAACUUUAGCGGAUGGGAACUCGCGCAAAGUCAUGACACAGAUGAGACAGAAGAAGAAGAGGAAGAGGACGACGACGAGGAGGAGGAGAUCGAGGGUGAGGACCAAGAUGAACCCAUUGAAACCGAGGGGAGUGGGAGCCGAAUGAAAAGUGCGACAAAUCGAAGGGAGGCAUGGGUUCAUCGUAUCAAUCUCUUUUUUCUUGCCGAAGAUCCUUUCAAUUUUGCAAGGCGUGUUGCUGCCGCCUAUAACCUUCGUGAGCAAGUUGCGCGUAGCCUACGAUAUAACUUUUUUAUAGAUUGCAUGCCCACCGAGCAGUCUAUUCAAAUACCGGGGUCUCAGCUCUCUCGCAUAUCUGAGAUUGCCAUGCAGACAGAGAAGCAACUCAGGCGCACUCUCAGCCAGCCAGCUGUUGACCUGAUAAUGAAUGAAGUCAAGCGAGACUACGCACGGGCUAUGAACAAGCAGCUUUUUGACGUCGAGGUUACGUCUCCAGAAACAAAGGGUGCAUAUGAGUCUCUAUCACUGCCGGACCUGCAACAAUCAGAAUCUGUACCGGCGAUCCGAAAUUGUGUUGUGCCUGCAUACGAUUACACAAAGCACCAGAAAGAUUUCAGUUUUUCGACAUUCCUUAGCAGCAUAGAGGUCAUUCGCACUCUAUCCAAGAUAAGGAUUGAGUGCGACAAGCUCGCGAGUGGGAGCCUGUUUGUUGCGAACAUCACGAAAACUGUUCGGCUGGAUGAGUUUGAACAGACGCAGAAUCAGAGCUUGCAGAACAUGAAGGCAUUUCUAAAGGAUAGCUGGGUUAACAUGCUGAAAACUGCCUUGAGAACCGGCUUCAAGGAUGUUGGAAAAGGAUGGUACAAUAUGAGAGAGACCAACUUGGAAGUCUACAGGAUCAGCAAACUGAAGAAGUUUAUGACUACGGUCAAAUUUAUCAUGCAAGAUUCGUUACGGUUUCUUGUUUUGAACUCCCUUGGGGAUUACAUUCGGCUCAUCAGCUCAAUCAGCUGCCAAAGAGUCAUUGUAAACGGAACCAACGAUGUUAAAAUCAUUGAUCCCUUCGUAAACAAAAUUAUGGCCGGCGAGAGCAGCACGAGAAAGCCCUUAUUCAUGAUUGACCUCGUAUUUCGAAACGGCAAGUUGCAGUACGGAAUCGACUUUGAGCACUUUGAAAGUGUUAUUCUGUCGAUUUUUGACAAAGCUCUGUCGACUGUGGAAGGGCUCCCCGAGUUAGAGCCAUUGGUACUUGAUCAAAUGUUUUGGGCGGCGAAGCCCACUUUACAGAUACCGCACUCCAGGGAAGUUGGCAUUGUGCAGCUCCGUCAACGCCUGGUGCAGGCACUCCGUGACGGCAUCUCCCCACUGCAGCAAUAUCAAAAGCAAUAUGAUCGCCACCUCAAAAUGCUGAAUUUGGAUAUUGCUCAGUAUGCACAGCAGUACGAGGCCGAGGAACACACUAUUGAUGAGAUGGAACGUGAUAUUGCGAAGCACUUGCAGGAAUGGGAAAUUCUAGACAAGGAGAUACCUAGUCAUCUCUCGCUCGGUUUGUUCUGGGUAAACUGUGAAAGCAUUAGAAGCGCUCUCCGCAAGGAUCUCAGCAAAGUUGUAUUGGACAUUCUCAGCAAGCGUAGCUCUCGCCUGGCUCAAAGCAUCUCACAAGCCUUUGGUGCCGUCCAAUCAAGGCUGAAAGAACGGCCGGUGAAGAUCGAAGAACUCACGGAGCUUCGCGAGUACAUGCGUUUAAUUCCGGAAAUUGUUCGAACACAAAAUGGUCGCAUCAGCGAGAUGUUGCAUAACUACGAAAUUCUGGAAAAACAUCGCUAUGAGCUUUCAAACGAAGAUUUCAGAGCACGAUGGCAGGCAUAUACUUGGCCCAUACGAAUUGAUGAGCUUGUCAAACAAACCGAGUCAGCUCUGGAAGUUGAUGAGCAAGCAUUCCUACGCAAUCUCUCUGCCGACCAAGAGAUCUUUAAGGAGCGAGUCCAUACUCUUGGCACCAUUAUUGUCGAUUUCAGCAAGCAUACGGACCUUGGGCGACUGGCUGACAUUGUCUUGGAGGUGCACAAAACGUCACUCGAACUCAAAGAAUGCCAGAAUCUUGUUGCGCUCUUUAACAGUAGAGAACGAUUGUUUAAUUUGGAGGUUACUCACUAUGAUGAGGUCACGCAACUGGGGAAGGACUUUGAGCCUUACAAAAGUUUAUGGCUAGCCGCUAAUGACUGGACCAAGUGGAGGAAUCAGUGGCUCAACGGCAGCUUUCUGGAUCUCAACGCUGAAGAGGUAGAAAAAAACUUAAUGAACGCCUGGAGAACAAUGUUCAAAAGCAUCAAACACUUUAAAAACCAACCUGGGUGCCUGGCAGUAGCUACUCAGAUGAAGGAUGAAAUGGACGAAUUCAAGCCAUAUCUACCCCUUAUUCAAGCAUUGAGAAACCCGGGAAUGAGAGAUCGUCAUUGGGAAAGGCUUAGCGAAGAACUCAACAUGAAAAUUCGUCCUGACAGCAACUUGACCUUGACUGACAUUUUGAAGUUGAACCUUCUCGAAAGGGUAGACAGCAUUGCAAAAGUUUGCGACACAGCCGGUAAAGAGUACUCCAUUGAAGCGGCCUUGGAUAAGAUGGACAAUGAAUGGAAGAAUAUCAGUCUUGAGAUCAUCUCCUAUAAAGAUACGGGCACAUUCAUCAUGAAGAUCUCGGACGAAGUGAUCCGCCUUUUGGAUGACCAUAUUGUUAUGACGCAAAGUAUGAGCUUUAGUCCGUACAAGAAGCCUUUUGCGGAACGAAUUGCCCUAUGGGAAAGCAAACUCCGAACGGUCCAGGAAGUGGUGGAAGCUUGGAUGGCCUGUCAACGAUCCUGGCUUUAUUUGGAGCCGAUCUUUAGCAGCGACGAUAUAGUAACGCAACUUCCCGUCGAAAGUAAGCGCUUUACUACAAUGGAUAGAACGUGGCGAAGAAUCAUGUCACAAGCAAAGCAAAGGCCUGGAGUCAUUGAAUUUUGUAGCGACUAUAAGCUCUUAGACUCCUUCAAGGAGUGCAAUAAGCUUCUGGAGCUGGUAUCCAAAGGUCUAUCUGCGUAUCUGGAGAGCAAGCGUAUCGCCUUCCCCCGAUUCUUCUUCCUUAGUGAUGACGAACUGUUACAAAUCUUAUCGCAAACGAAAGAUCCAACCGCGGUUCAGCCACAUUUGCGAAAGUGUUUCGAGAAUGUGGCCAGCUUAGAGUUUGCGGAGGACAAUUUGAUAAUAGCCAUGUAUUCCGCAGAAGGGGAAAAGAUCAUGCUGGCAGAGCCUUUCUAUCCGAAAGGUCCUGUGGAAGAUUGGCUCUUGCGCGUUGAGGAUCAGAUGCGUCGUAGCGUGAAGAAAGUUAUUAUUGAUGGGCUGGCCUCCUAUCACCUUAAGCCACGUACGUCCUGGGUUUUGGAUUGGCCUGGGCAGGCUGUUAUUGCUUGCUCGCAAACCUACUGGACUCGGGAAGUGACGGAAGCAUUGAAGGCCGGGCAAAGCGGCGUCAAGUCUAUGUACACGCGUUUACUUGGUCAGCUCGAAGGUUUGGUUGGUUUGGUAAGAGGGGAGCUGUCGUUCUUGUCCCGAUUGGUGUUGGGCGACUUGAUUGUUAUCGACGUACACAGCCGUGACGUCGUCAAGAAACUUAUCGACGCUGGAGUAACAAACGAGAAUGAUUUCGAAUGGAUAAGUCAGCUGAGGUAUUAUUGGGAAGAAGAUGACCUUCGAGUGAAGAUUGUGAACGCAAACUUUCGAUAUGGCUAUGAAUAUCUCGGUAACACCGGUCGUCUUGUCAUCACACCCCUUACCGAUCGUUGCUACCUGACUUUAAGUGGAGCUAUGCACUUGGGUAUGGGUGGGGCACCAGCCGGCCCUGCAGGCACUGGAAAAACCGAGACUGUCAAGGACCUUGCAAAAUCAUUAGCCAAACAAUGCGUGGUCUUCAACUGCUCUGAUCAGUUGGAUUACUUGGCAAUGGCAAAAUUCUUCAAAGGGCUGGCAGCAAGUGGGGCCUGGGCAUGCUUUGACGAAUUCAACCGGAUUGACAUUGAGGUCCUCAGUGUCGUCGCUCAACAGAUUACCACCAUACAGAAGGCUGUCGCGUUAGGAGUAAACAGAUUUAUGUUUGAGGGUGUGGAUCUGCCCCUGGAUCCCACGAAUGCCAUUUUCAUUACCAUGAAUCCCGGAUAUGCUGGACGUACUGAGCUUCCUGAUAACCUGAAGGCUUUGUUCAGACCGGUUGCUAUGAUGAUUCCCAACUACGCCAUGAUUGGGGAGAUCUCUUUGUUCUCCUUUGGUUUCAGCAACGCCAAAGUGCUUGCAGAGAAGAUGGUUGCGACAUUCAAGCUCAGUUCCGAGCAAUUGUCAUCUCAAGACCACUACGAUUUUGGAAUGCGUGCUGUCAAAUCCGUCAUUUCAGCUGCUGGAAACCUCAAACGCGAGCAACCAAAUGCGGCGGAAGACAUCAUUAUGCUUCGAGCCCUGAUGGACUGUAACUUGCCCAAGUUUCUCGCAGAUGAUGUUCCUUUGUUUAAUGGAAUCAUCAGCGACUUGUUCCCUGGCGCGGAACUACCCAAAAUAAAUUACGGAGACCUGCUCCAAUCGCUCCAUGCGACGUGCGAGAAACUCGGACUCCAGGCCGAGGACUCUUUCAUCAAUAAAUGCAUACAGCUGUACGAAACUACUGUCGUUAGACACGGGUUAAUGCUGGUCGGACCUACUGGAGGCGGAAAAACGAGUUGCUGUAGAGUGCUUGCAAAGAGUCUGAGUGCAUUGCAGGGUAAAAAAGCGCCCAAUGGAAAAGAGUUUCAAAAAGUCCGAGUUCAUGUGCUGAAUCCAAAGUCAAUCACAAUGGGUCAACUGUACGGUGAGUUUGACCCGCAAACCCACGAGUGGUCCGAUGGUAUACUUUCCGCUUUGAUGCGCGAGGGUGUCGAAGACACGACUCCAGACAAAAAGUGGUAUGUGUUUGACGGGCCUGUUGAUGCUGUCUGGGUGGAGACAAUGAAUACUCUACUCGACGACAACAAGAAGCUGUGCUUGACAAGCGGAGAAAUCAUCAAGAUGGCUCCUACACAAACAAUGAUGUUCGAAGUGCAAGAUUUAGCUUAUGCUUCUCCGGCAACAGUCUCCCGCUGCGGAAUGAUAUAUAUGGAACCGGAAGCUCUUGGCGUGCUGCCGUUAGUAAAAAGUUGGCUAGCUAGCCAGGAGCAGCAUCUUCCUAGUCAGCUUGCAAGCGUUUUCCGGAUUACUGUCCAGCCCCUCUUUGACUUCUGGUUGGAGAGAGGCCUGCAGUUCUUGCGUAAAAAUCUCAAAGAAGCUGUACCCACGACGAACGGCCAUCUAGCGACGAAUCUGAUGAAGAUUUUCUACUGCAUGAUUACGCCCUUCAUGCAAACGGAGGUCGAAGUUCCAGGAGGUGGAAAUGCAAAUGCCGCAACUACACAGGCAGAUGCAUUGGAGAGAUUCGUACAAAUGAUUGAGCCCUUCUUUCUUUUUUCAUUCGUCUGGUCAGUGGGAGCGACUGUGGACAGGGAAGGCCGCAAGAAGUUUGAUGCGUGGAUGAAGAUACAAAUGGCUGAGCGACCGUUGGGCACACCUUUCCCGGAUAAGGGCCUAGUUUACGACUACAUUUUCGAUCAAGAGCAAAGCAUAUGGAUUGACUGGAUGUCGUUCGCCCCCGAAUUUCAGAUGAAUCCGAAGCUCAACCCAAGCGAAGUAAUUGUGCCAACUAUCGACACAAUACGGAACACGUACCUGUUGCAUCUCCUGCUCCAUCAUGGGUGUCAUGUUCUGACCACUGGGCCCACCGGCACGGGGAAGACCGUAACCAUUCAGGAUAAACUCAUGCGAGGAAUGGACCAGACAUUCAUGCCACUCGUCUUCAACUUCUCAGCGCGCACCAGUGCCAAUCAGACUCAAGAUCUAAUUGACAGCAAAAUGGAAAAGCGACGAAAGGGUGUUUUUGGCCCGCCGGUCGGAAAACAUUACAUUCUGUUUGUCGACGAUCUCAACAUGCCCGCUCUCGAUAUAUGUGGAGCACAACCUCCUAUUGAGCUCCUACGUCAAUGGAUGGACUGUGGAGGAUGGUAUGACCGAAAGAAUGUUGGGAAGUUCAUGGAGAUUGUCGACAUCACGUUUGCUUGUGCAAUGGGUCCUCCCGGAGGUGGUCGAAAUCCGGUAACCCCGAGGUUCACACGGCACUUUAACCUUUUGACCUUUGUGGAGAUGGAUAACCCAUCACUGCAACGCAUUUUCAGCACAAUUUUGGGAUCCUUCCUCAAUAGGUUCAACCCGGAUGUACAAAAGCAGACCGAUCCCAUUGUUGCAGCAUCCAUUAGCAUCUAUAACACAAUUCGCACCGAAUUGCUACCUACUCCGGCAAAAUCGCAUUAUACGUUCAAUUUGCGGGAUCUGGCCAAGGUCGUCUUAGGUGUCCUCAGCGCAGAUCAGAAGACUGUGACGACCUCUGCCGACAUAGUUCGCCUUUGGGUGCACGAAUGCUUGCGAGUGUUUCAAGAUCGAUUAGUGGACUCAACCGAUAAGAGUUGGUUCCUUUCUCUCGUAAAGCAGUCCAUGAACAGUCAUGUUGGAAUGAAUUAUAGUGAGGUGGUUACUACAGAGCCGUUGCUGUACGGCGACUACAUGACCCCAGGGGCAGACCCAAAGGUCUAUACGGAGAUCAAGGAUAUGAAGCGAUUGGUGAAACUAGCGGAAGAGUAUCUCGAUGACUAUAAUAGCACUACAACAAACCCAAUGCGGCUCGUGAUGUUCUUGGACGCCAUUGAACAUGUCAGUCGAAUAUGUCGAAUCAUUCGUCAACCGGGAGGACAUGCCCUACUGCUUGGUGUAGGCGGUAGUGGGCGACAAAGUCUCAGCAGAUUAGCCACCUUCAUGGAAGAGUACGAGAUUUACCAAAUCGAGAUCACCAAGAGCUAUGGUCAAACAGAGUGGAAAGAAGAUUUGAAAAAGAUUCUCUUCUGGGCUGGAUUAGACGCAAAGCCCACGGUUUUCCUGUACACGGAUACGCAAAUCAUCUCAGAGAGUUGUUUGGAAGAUAUCAACAAUCUGUUAAAUAGCGCGGAUGUACCAAACAUCUAUACUGGGGAAGAAAUGGAUCGCAUCCUCAACGCCAUGAGACCUCUGGCUAACGACAUGGCUAUUACACCCACGCGCGAAAACCUCUUUGCACUCUACAUCAGUCGUGUGAAACAGAAUAUGCAUCUGAUCAUUUGCAUGAGUCCAAUAGGCGACGCAUUCAGAACACGGCUACGUAUGUUUCCCAGUCUCGUUAAUUGCUGUACAAUUGACUGGUUUUCCACCUGGCCCGAAGAAGCCUUGCGGAGCGUCGCAGCGAAUUCUAUUGCUGAAAUCAACGAUUUGGGCUCUGAGCAGGUCAUUGAUGGGAUCGUGAAUCUAUGUGUGGUAAUGCACGAGUCUGUACGCGAGCGAUGCGUGCAGUACAAAGCUGAACUGAACAGAAACAAUUAUGUGACGCCAAAAUCCUACCUCGAGCUUUUGGGCUUAUACAAGCAGUUGCUUGACAAGAAGAGAAACGAAUUAUUGGCUCUUCGGAAGCGUACCGCCACAGGUCUGGAAAAACUACUCAACGCAACCAAAGAAGUAGAGAUAUUGCAAGAAGAGUUGGAAGCAAUGCAGCCCAUGCUUCUGCAAACCAGUCAGGAAACAGAGUACACGAUGAAAAAGAUUGCGGUGGACAAGGUGAAGGCAGAGGAAAUACGAGAAAAUGUUGUUACGGAGGAGGCAGCCUCCAACAAGAAAGCAGAAGAAACCAAGGCUAUUGCUGAUGAUGCCAAGCGAGAUCUGGAUGAGGCUCUACCUGCUCUUGAUGCCGCGCUGGAAUCCCUCAACUCCCUAUCUAAGAACGAUGUCAUUGAAGUCCGUUCAAUGCAGCGCCCUCCAGAGGGUGUAAAGCUUGUCAUUGAGGCCGUCUGCAUCAUGAAGGGCGUCAAACCAAAGAAGGUCGACGGCGAUAAACCUGGAAAAAAGAUUGAUGACUACUGGGAGCCAGGAAAAGCCUUGUUGGCGGAGCCGCAGAAGUUUCUGGACGGCCUUAUUAAUUUCGAUAAGGACAAUAUUUCUGAGGCAACUAUUCAGAAAAUUAAACCGUACAUUGAUUCACCGGAUUUCCAGGUUAGCGUUAUUUCUCGCGUAUCAAAAGCAGCGACUUCGAUGUGUGCCUGGGUUAGAGCAAUGGAAAAGUACUAUUGGGUCUCUCGUUCCGUGGCUCCAAAGCGGGCCCGCCUACAGGAGGCCCAACAGUCACUCGACGCUACGCUGAAAGUGUUGGCGGAACUUAAAAAGAAGAUGAGAGAAUCGGAAAUCAAUAUCAAGGAAAUGGAAAAGAGAUACAGUGAAUCUGUUGCCAAAAAGGAGGAGCUAUCCCGGAAAGUGGAAGAAUGCAACGUAAAACUUUCUCGGGCUGGCAAGCUCAUAAGUGGUCUAGGUGGAGAAAAGCAGCGGUGGGCCUUGACAGUCGAUCAAUUGGACACCAAAAUUAGCAACGUCAUAGGAGAUAUUUUGUUGGCCGCAGGAGCUAUCGCAUACCUUGGACCGUUCACAGCAGAAUAUCGGACGAAAUUGAUCAACGAGUGGACGGGGUCCUUGUUGCGGCUCAAGAUCCCGCAUUCGGAGAGCAUAUCCUUGUACGAUGCCCUCGGAGAUCAUGUGAAGUUACGGGAAUGGGAACUGAGUGGGUUGCCGAAAGAUUCUCUCAGCAGGGAUAAUGCUAUAAUCGUCCAGAAUUCCCGACGAUGGCCAUUGCUCAUUGAUCCCCAAGGUCAGGGUAACAAGUGGAUUCGGAAUAUGGAGAAAGCGAACAGCCUAGAUAUCAUUAAAUUAACUGACAAGGACUUUUUGCGGACGCUGGAGAACGCCAUCCGCUUCGGAAAACCAGUGUUAUUAGAAAAUAUUGGAGAACGACUUGAUCCUGCUCUGGAGCCAAUUCUGCUAAAGCAGACCUUCAAGCAAGGAGGCAACACAGUCAUUAAGAUCGGCGACAGCAUCCUUCCUUACCAUGACGAUUUCCGCUUCUACAUAACAACAAACCUCCCUAACCCUCUUUACUCACCCGAAAUCAGCGCAACAGUAACGCUGCUGAACUUCACCCUCGCGGCUAGUGGACUGGAAGAUCAGUUAUUGGCCAUCGUCGUGGCAAAUGAGCGGCCUGAUUUGGAAGAAGCUAAAAAUCAGCUGACAAUAAAUAACGCCCAGAUGAAGAAAGAACUCAAAGAUAUUGAGGAUAAGAUUCUAUACUUGCUGUCAUCUGUUCAGGGUAGUCCUGUCGACGAUGAACGCUUGAUUGACACGCUAGGUGCCUCGAAGGAAACCUCAGAAGAGAUUCAACGCAAGGUAGCCGCCGCUGAACAAACUGAAAAGGAUAUCGACACUACGAGAAAUAAAUAUACACCGGUUGCCGUCCGGACACGCAUCCUUUUCUUCUGCAUCACGGAGUUGGCGAACAUCGAUCCAAUGUAUCAGUACUCUCUCAACUGGUUCAUGAAUCUCUUCGUGUCCGCAAUUACCCACUCGGAAAAGAGCGAUGACAUCGAUCAGCGUGUUGCCAACGUCAACGAAUACUUUACAUAUUCGCUGUUUUCCAACGUCUGUCGGUCGCUAUUUGAACGGCAUAAGCUUCUCUUCUCAUUUUUACUGAUCAUUCGAAUCUUGAUGAAUGGAGACAAAAUUGAUGGAGAUGAAUGGAGAUUCCUGCUUACCGGCGGAACCGGUAGCGACAAGAAGAUGCAGAAUCCGGCACCUGACUGGCUCGCUGGAAACACUUGGGCUCAGAUACAGAGUUUAUCAACUUUACCGAAUUUCAGUAAUUUUGAGCAGGAUUUUGCAGAGUUUAUCGAAAGCUUCCGGAUGAUAUUCGAUAGCUCGCAACCGCACAAGGAACCUUUGCCGGGGAGAUGGAACAAUGCUUUAUCUGCCUUUCAAAAGUUACUCGUUCUUCGAUGCAUCCGACCCGAUCGAAUAACGUCGGCUGUACAAGACUUCGUUGCGACUCAGCUGGGCGAGCGCUUCAUUGAACCUCAAACGUCUGACUUACUGGCACUGUACAAGGAGUCUACUCCAAUUACUCCUCUCAUAUUUGUGCUUUCUCCUGGUGCCGAUCCUGCCAAUUCUUUGUUCAAAUUUGCAGAAGAGAUGCGCUUCAGUAAGAAGCUGAACUCCGUUUCAUUGGGACAAGGGCAAGGUCCACGCGCCGAGGCAUUGAUAAAGGAAGGCAUGGAAAGAGGCCUCUGGAUUUUGCUGCAAAACUGUCACUUGGCUCCUUCUUGGAUGCCUACUCUGGACCGUAUCAUUGACGGCAUGACUCCGGAUAAAGUGCAUCGAGACUGUAGGAUUUGGUUAACCUCGAUGCCAACACCAAAGUUCCCUGUGAGCAUUCUACAGAAUGGGGUGAAGACGACUGUGGAGCCGCCUAACGGUAUCAAAGCAAAUUUACUUCGAACAUAUGCUACAUUUAAUGAGGACUAUCUGAACUCCUGUACCAAAGCGAGAGAAUGGAAGAAAUUACUUUUUUCAGUAUCAUUCUUCCAUGCAGUGGUUCAGGAGAGGCGCAAGUUUGGAUCGCUUGGCUUCAACAUUCCAUAUGAAUUUACAGAUGGUGAUAUGCGCAUUUGCAUUCGCCAGCUGAAUAUGUUCCUCGAGGAAUAUGAAGAGGUUCCAUUCAAGGUGUUAAAGUACACUGUUGGAGAAAUCAACUACGGUGGACGAGUUACGGAUGACUGGGAUCGGCGCCUUAUCAUGAAUAUACUGGAAGACUACUGUAAUGCCAAGGUUCUGGAGGACGGGUACAGGUUUUCGUCAAGCGAUCUCUACUAUUCCAUCCCGGCGGACAACUACAAUGCAUAUAGAAACUAUAUUCGAGGACUACCGAUUGAGGAAACAACGGAAGUUUUUUCGAUGCAUGAAAAUGCAAAUAUCACCUUUGCCCAGAAGGAAACCUUCACCUUGUUUGAUACCCUUCUCGCUCUGAUGCCCAAAACGAGCAAGAGCGCAGGGGCCAAAUCGCGUGAGGAGCAGCUCACAGAUACAGCAAUGUCAAUUCAAAGCCGGGUUCCGAAACCUUUCCCCUUGGAUGUUGUUCUUACGAAGUACCCGAUCGAGUACAAAGAAUCUAUGUCGACAGUGCUUAUUCAGGAAGUUAUACGCUACAAUCGGCUCCUUGCGACAAUUCAUUCGACCUUGGUUGAGCUCAUGAAGGCACUGAAGGGAUUGGUUGUCAUGUCCGAGGCAUUGGAUACAAUGUGCAACAACAUCUACAUCAACCAAGUUCCCCUAGUGUGGGCAGCGAAAGCGUAUCCAUCCCUAAAAUCACUUUCUUCAUGGGUGAUUGAUCUAGUUGCACGAUGUGAUUUUAUUCAAAAGUGGAUUGACAACGGUAUACCAACGGUAUUCUGGAUUAGUGGAUUCUUUUUCCCGCAAGCAUUCCUGACCGGGACAUUGCAAAACUAUGCGAGGAAAUACGUAGUAUCAAUUGAUGUCCUAAGUUUUGACUUCAAAGUUGUCGACAUGAGAUGGGAGGACAUCCACACGAAACCGGGCGACGGAUGCUACAUCAGGGGACUAUACUUGGAAGGUGCACGAUGGGAUGCUACAAAGCGAACGCUAUCGGAGAGCAGACCCAAGGAACUCUACACUGAAAUGAGCGUGCUAUGGUUGCUACCAAAACCUAAUCGAAAGAAACCCGAAGCAGGCAUUUAUGACUGCCCUGUAUAUAAAACGUUGACACGAGCAGGCACUCUCUCAACGACCGGGCACUCUACCAACUAUGUUUUGACCAUAGAAAUGCCAACAGACAUGCCCCAGUCGCAUUGGAUCAAGCGUGGCGUCGCAUUGGUCAUGUCUUUGGGCUCAGGGUGGUAGCGGAUGAGAAUGUUUGUAAUGUAAUUUGUAAAUAGAUUCGACGAAUUGAUGUAAGGCGACGCACUGAUUAAAUACAACCUCAAUGAAGACCCACA